AUGAACGCCACCCUGGAACAGUAUCUACGCCUGUACGUGGCGUACCUGCAGGACGACUGGGCAGACUGGCUCCCACUUGCUGAGUUCGCCGCUAACGACGCUGUUUCCGAGACCACUGGAGUCACCCCGUUCUUCGCCAACUACGGAUUCCACCCUAGAUUAGGCUUCGAACCUGUCCUGCCCCCUGACAAGCCAGCUGCUUGUGACGCUGAGAACGAGAUGCUGGUCGCUCGUACCCGCUACGAGGAGCAAGCCAACAAGACACGACGCCCAGCCCGCCGCUACCAGGUCGGCCAGAAGGUCUGGCUCGACGCCCGCAACAUCAAGACCCUGCGCCCCACUAGGAAGCUAGACUGGAAGAACUGCGGCCCGUUCACCAUUGAAAAGAUCAUUAACCCAUGGGCUUACCGUCUGUCGCUACCGGAAUCUAUAAGGAUUCAUCCCGUUUUCCACGUCAGCCUGCUCAGUCCCGCUGCUGAUGACCCGCUACCCGCCCAACGCAACAAACCCCUGCCUCCGGUUGAGGUUAAUGGCCUUGAGGAAUGGGAGGUUGAAGAUAUCCUGGAUUCCCGUUGGGACCGCUGCGGCUGCGGCCGCCCCCGCCUGAAAUAUACUGUUAAAUAG